AGCACGGAAGAUAGCGCACAAGAUUUCACAACUUACAAAAGUCAAAAGAAUUUCGUUAAAGUUAUCGGUUAUCUGCUGCAGCUUCUGACAGGGAUGGUAGUGUCGAACAACAGUGUGUGUGCAAUUGCAAUAUUUGGGGGCGACGUACCAAAAUACCUUGUUUAAUUAACAAAUAAAUUCACAUCAAAGUAUCAUAAUGAUUAUAUACGUUGUUUCUAUUUAAUUGGGUGCGUCGCCCAUCGAGAGACAGUACAGAGCUGGGCGUCUCUCGUUAGCUGUGGUGUGGUACCCGUCCGCACAGCCUUGCCUAGGUCAGUACAGACCCAGCAGGCCGCGUUGUGAGGAACGCCGUACUUAUGUCAAAAUAUCAAACAAUCGGAGGGAAUGAACAACGACAGAUACACGUGGUAAGGAAUACACAGUCGAGUGGGAGGCUCCACAAACUCCUCCUUACUUACUCAUACAAUCGUAUCAAACUUCACCGCGUUACUCCGUAGGAUUUAAUUCAAUAUAAUCGCUGUUCCCGUACACGAGCAGACCAAGUCUAGCCCGGCAGUGUUUAGGAAAUUAUACUAACUCGUUGCUUUUUUAACAUCUAAAAGUCAGAGAAAUCAUAUUAGAGGGGACGGAUAUUGCUCCUCAACUCAACCAGCACGACUCGGCUUCAGACGUCAGUGGGGACAGGUCGGAUAAUUAAAACCUAGGAAAUACAAAGGACUCAUCUUCCGAUACCAAGACAUGUGACUUCUUGUGACAGAGUUAGAUGGUCAUACAGUUCUGUUAUAUAGCAGGUCACCUUGUUCGAUAGCAACCGAAACCACAUGCCUCCCAGUGGUCGGUCAAGGUCAGUGAUACUGAAGACGGUCGGCCAAGAUUUCUGUGACGUAGUUUGAUAAUUGUGUGACAUUGGACGUUGUGUUUAGAGACAUGGUAACCCCUGGUCUAUUUUUUGGGGUGGCCACUUUCCUCGUGGUCCUGGCCGGAUAUUGUGACGGACAAGAACCACCGGCAGAGAAGCGUCUCCAUAGCGACCUGUUGGUGCGGGGUAGAUACAGCAAACUCAUCCGUCCUUCCGGUACUGACGGAAACAGUAGCGUCCAGAAGCUGACGGUCAAACUGGGCAUGCGCCUCACACAGCUUCUCAACAUGGACGAGAAGAGUCAGAUCAUGACGACAAGUGUUUGGCUCCGACAAGAAUGGAUUGACGGGCGUCUGAAGUGGGACCCUCGGGCGUACGGCGGCCUACAGGUCACACACAUUCCAUCCAACGACCUCUGGCGGCCGGACAUUGUCUUGUACAACAAUGCGGAUGGAGACUAUGUAGUGACCCUUUUGACGAAAGCUGCUGUCCAUUUCACUGGUCUGGUAGUGUGGGAGCCACCGGUCAUCUACAAGAGCUAUUGUCCAAUCAACGUCGAGUAUUUCCCGUUCGACAUGCAAGAAUGCUUUAUGAAGUUUGGCACGUGGACAUACGAUGGACAUCAGGUUGACCUACGUCACUUGUGUGAUUCCAAGGCCGUCAUGGUCGGCGAGAACGAGCAGGUGAUUGACAGGGGUAUCGACAUCCGGGACUUUUACCAGAACGUCGAAUGGGAUAUCAUUAAUGUGACGGCACGGCGGAAGGAGAAAAAUUACCCGUGUUGUGAACAGCCGUACUACGAUAUCAUGUUUAAUAUCACAUUGAGGCGGAGGACUCUUUUCUACUCCCUCAAUCUGAUUAUGCCCUGUCUGUCCAUUUCGUGUCUAACUGUACUUGUGUUUUACUUGCCCUCGGACAGCGGGGAGAAAAUCACGCUCAGUAUUUCCAUCCUCCUGGCUCUAACUGUGUUCUUCCUGCUGCUGUCCGAUAUAAACCCGCCAACCUCGCUGGUCAUACCGCUGAUCGGAAAGUAUCUGCUGUUUACCAUGAUAGUAGUGACUAUGUCCAUUUUUCUAGCUGUUUACACUCUUGGCAUCAACUUCAGAACUCCCACAACACAUAAAAUGAAUCCAUGGGUUAAACGUGUUUUUACAGAAAUUUUACCUAGGAUACUAUUGAUGAAAAAGCCCGACUUAGAAAGGAAACAGAAGGUGCCGAUACGGACGGUUAACGGGAUAGAAAUGAGGGAGGUGAGAAACAUCUAUAGUAGUACCGGGACGUCCUCUCGGGGCACCUCCAAUCAGUACGAUAACCUCCACCAAAGGAACAUGUCGGAGGAGAGAGCGGAAAUGAAUAAAUAUCCAACGGAAGUGCGUGAUGCACUCCAAGGCGUUACGUACAUCGCCAAUCAUCUCCGAUCCGAGGACGACGAUAACUCGGAAGUUCGAGAUUGGAAGUACGUUGCUAUGGUGAUGGACCGGCUAUUCCUCUACAUUUUCACGACAGCUUGUGUUUGUGGCACGUUAAGUAUAUUUCUGUAUGCGCCUUCCCUCUACGACAAACGCCCUCCACUAGCGCUCAAUGACGCCACGGACAUUUGUACAAUCUAGGUGACAGCGACGUUUCGCGAACGCGCUAUACCAAAUAUGACCACGUGAUAAGCAUUCACCAAUGGAAUGCCACUGAUCCAACAAUUGUGAUCUCACUGUAACAUAAAGGAUGGAAUAAAGCUUUGUUUUUUAUAAA